GGAACGAGUUGUAGACUGUGAGGUGACUCUGGCCGGUGACUUCCGGUUCCUAGGGGUGCGCAUCCGGGUCACACUAACGCCGCGGUUUCCUCCACCCGCUUGGUUCUACUGUGGGUCUGGACCGGUCCCCAUGUCCUGCUGUGGACCCUCUGCAGCUUUUGGACUGUGAAGACUGCUGAGAGACACUUCCGAUCCAGUCACAUAAGCCUGAUAAAGAAAUAUUGGUCCUCAUGGAAGAAGAACAAGAUUUACCAGAGCAACCGGUUAAAAAAGCCAAGAUGCAAGAAUCAGGAGAGCAAACUUUAAGUCAAGUAAGCAACCCCGAAGUCAGUGAUCAGAAACCUGAAACUUCAAGCCUUGCUUCAAAUCUUACCAUGUCGGAGGAAAUUAUGACAUGCACCGAUUAUAUUCCUCGCUCAUCCAAUGAUUAUACCUCACAAAUGUAUUCUGCAAAACCUUAUGCACAUAUCCUCUCAGUUCCUGUUUCGGAAAAUGCUUAUCCUGGGCAGACUCAGUACCAGACAUUACAGCAGUCUCAACCGUAUGCUGUCUACCCUCAGGCAACCCAAACGUAUGGACUACCUCCUUUUGGUGCAUUGUGGCCAGGUAUGAAACCUGAAAGUGGUUUAAUUCAGACUCCAUCUCCAAGUCAACACAGUGUUCUUACCUGCACGACAGGGUUAACCACAAGCCAGCCAAGCCCAGCACAUUAUUCUUAUCCCAUUCAAGCUUCAAGCACAAAUGCCAGCCUGAUAUCCACUUCUUCUACAGUUGCCAAUAUUCCAGCAGCAGCAGUUUCCAGCAUCUCAAACCAGGACUAUCCCACCUAUACUAUCCUUGGUCAGAGUCAUUACCAGGCCUGCUACCCCAGCUCCAGCUUUGGAGUCACAGGCCAAACUAACAGUGAUGCUGAGAGUACCACGUUAGCAGCAACCACAUACCAAACAGAGAAGCCUAGUGUCAUGGUACCUACACCUGCAGCACAGAGACUUUCCUCUGGAGACCCUUCUACAAGUCCAUCUUUGUCCCAGACUACACCAAGUAAAGAUGCGGAUGACCAGUCCAGGAAAAACAUGACUGGCAAGAACCGGGGCAAAAGGAAAGCUGAUGCCAGCUCUUCCCAGGACAGUGAAUUGGAACGGGUAUUUCUGUGGGACUUGGAUGAAACCAUCAUCAUCUUCCACUCCCUUCUUACUGGAUCCUAUGCCCAGAAGUAUGGAAAGGACCCAACAGUAGUGAUUGGCUCAGGUUUAACAAUGGAAGAAAUGAUUUUUGAAGUGGCUGAUACACAUCUAUUUUUCAAUGACUUAGAGGAGUGUGACCAGGUGCAUGUGGAAGAUGUGGCUUCUGAUGACAAUGGCCAAGACUUGAGCAACUACAGUUUCUCAACAGACGGUUUCAGUGGUUCAGGAGGCAGUGGCAGCCAUGGUUCCUCUGUGGGUGUCCAAGGAGGUGUGGACUGGAUGAGGAAACUGGCUUUCCGCUACCGAAAAGUGAGAGAAAUCUAUGAUAAGCAUAAAAGCAACGUGGGUGGCCUCCUCAGUCCACAGAGAAAGGAAGCACUGCAGAGACUAAGAGCAGAAAUCGAAGUUUUAACAGAUUCCUGGUUGGGAACUGCAUUAAAGUCCUUACUUCUCAUCCAGUCCAGAAAGAAUUGUGUGAAUGUUCUGAUCACUACAACCCAAUUGGUUCCAGCUCUGGCCAAGGUUCUCCUAUAUGGGCUUGGAGAAAUAUUUCCUAUUGAAAACAUCUAUAGUGCUACCAAAAUUGGUAAAGAGAGCUGCUUUGAGAGAAUUGUGUCAAGGUUUGGAAAGAAAGUCACAUAUGUAGUGAUUGGAGAUGGACGAGAUGAAGAAAUAGCAGCCAAACAGCACAACAUGCCUUUCUGGAGGAUCACAAACCAUGGAGACCUAGUGUCCCUUCACCAGGCUUUGGAGCUUGAUUUUCUCUAAGAACUGAAAUGAAGAGCCUUCCCCAUGAGCUCCUUUUCACUCCUGAAGGGAACUGGAGACCGGAACCAACUGGGAUCUCUCUCUCUCUCUCUCUCUGUUUCUCUCUCUCUCUCUCUCUCUCUCUCUCUGUCUCUCUCUCUCUCUUUCUCUCUUUCUCUCUCUCUUUCUCCCCCUCCCCCCCCCCGCACCGUCUUUCUCCAUGGAAUACUGGCGAGAACACAAUCAGAACCAACAGCUGCAAGGGACGAAGCUUAUUUUUGCUAAGAGUGAGCUGCAGCCCGUGUUCAUCCUCGUGCAGAAGCGGGAGACAGUUGGGUUGAGAGAACCAGUAGACUCACUGCAGCUACAGUGCUUUUAAUUCUUCUGGUUUUUGUUUUGUUUUAUUUCAAAAAAUGAAGACAAAGGAAAGGAAAUUCUUGGGGCAGAGUUGCACUCUUAGUCCGUGACCUAAUUGAGAACUGCUAUUAACUUGUGAUAGGAUAAAUGUGGCAGACCUGUAAUAACAUCUCUUGCAGUCUAUAAUCUCCUUAGCUGUAGAGCAUAUUCCCAGUGAAUGUAUAUGUAAUUUUUUAUAGGUAAGGGUCUGGUCUCUGAAGCAGGUUUUCCCUCCUUUCUUUUUCUAGCAAGAAAGGGGUAUGUAAAGUUUUCUUGGAAAAUAGUAAUUGAAAUAUCUAAAAUACCUCUCUGUGACAAUAGCACCUCUUUAGCUGCUCCAGUGGUCUGCUCUCUAGGGUGGUUUCGCUCCUGUUCUUCCAUCUCCUAGUUUGCUGAACUGUGGGGCACUGGACACUGAUUAACUUCAGACUUCACUAUUUCCCAUCCUAGAAGCCUUAGUUCCCUUUCCAAUCCCUCUUCCCCUUUAAUCAGAUGGCACAAUCCUGGAAACACCUCUUAGACAGUAAACGCUAUGCCUUCAGCUUGACUCUUUUAUUCAAAACUACACCCGGGGACUUACCUCCAAACUGGAGAGAAGCGACUAAGGCUUCUUGUGAAUUUCCGCUUCUUUGGCUCUUGAAACAGGAAGAUUCCACAUUUUCCUCCUACAGAGAAGCACUCUUCUCUCAACAGAUGCUCACCCCUACAGCCUUCUCUUCCUUCUUAGUCAUCAGUGCUAGGCUUUUUCCUGCUGCUCUCGGUACCCCACAGCCACCUCCAUACAGCUCUAGCCAAUCCCUGGGCUUUGGACCCAAGAAGUCAGAGCACGUCUAAGAACAGGCUCAUAACUAUAUUUUGGCCAAAACUACCAAUGUAGUUGACUUCCUUUGAAGCUCUCACGCCAUAUAAAGGCUAUUCUGGGGCAUAUAUUUACCCAGAUCUCUGAAACUGAAAAGGAGAUUGGUGUGAUCAGAACCCAAUUUUCCCAUGGUACAACCUUCCACUUCUUAAAUCUCAUUCUAAAAUGGGAAGCCAGAGGCUAGAAAGACUUUCCUGUUUUAAAUGAGGGUACUGGACCCCCUACUCCAUGCCUAGAAACUUAAUCCUGGGCCAAAUGCAGGAACAUCUCUCAGCCUGACUUCUAGGAAGAUUGGUGGGUGCCGGGCGCUAGUCCCAGCCUACCAGCCCAACUGUGUUUGUGGGUGUUCCCUUGAAGACCAACCUGGACAUGUGCUCAGGCAGGAUAAACUUCCCUAACACUGAGGGAGUUCAGCCUCUCCCAGGCUGCAGAAAAGGGUGAUUAUCUAAGCACCUCAGAGAGAUGUAGUCUGGGUCCUCAGGAAGAGGUAUGCUUGACCAACCCCAGCUGUAAUUGUCCCCAGAAAUUCUGCAUAUCCCUAUCCUUGCAGCACAAAGAGACCAGACUCCUCCCAAGGCCACUCAGCGGAUAAAAGCUGUUCUACACAUUCCUCAGAACGGAUUGAGAAACUGCUUUGGGCCUCACAGUUUUAGGGAACAGGUCUUUGGAGAAUUGCUGAAGUCAAUGCUCAUUAUUUCGCUGUCUCUUUGGCCUUGUUUCCAUCGGCAGGUGGAGGGUAUGCAGUCUGAAGCAGACCUUGCUUUGGUCUGAGUUUAACAGUUGCCCAGAUGCUGCUCUGCCUUGCUCGAUAAUUGAUCUUAGAAAGAUGUAGGGUGGGUCUUUUCUUCCAGGCCCCAAGCCCUCUGCCUACUGGCAGUAACUGGGUUUCCUGCCCUGUUGGGGACAUAGGCCACCCUGUCAGUGCUGUGCUUCAGGUUUGUGAGGCUGUGGAGUGGCACCCCAUCGUGCACAAACGCCUCCCUCUCCCUGCCCUUUGGGAGCAGCUUUUCCUAAAAUAUGACUUGGACUCCUUUUUCAAUGGCCUUUUCCCUUUUGCCCCGACUGCCCAGCCUAGGUUUUUGCAAAAAGAACUUGAAAUUGGCCAAAAGAGGUGAGGAAGCUCUCUGAACAGAGUGGCCUUUGCUCUUUUCGGGUUGUUGCUGCCCUCAUGUAGAGGGCGGGCAGAAGAUGGGACCUGGGUCCUCCUGGCCACAAUGAAUUGUCCAGGGAACACAGUGUUCUUCUUUUAACUUGUGUUUUCCUCCUCCCCAGCACAAAGACCCGGAAAGGAAAAUGAGUGGGCAGCACCAAGAGCUCUUGGAAGCUCAGGGGCCAAGGACACUGGGGUCCUUGCAUUAGCGGGGAGCCCUUUACUAGAGAGUCCCCGUGAACUUAGCCACAUGAUGCGUCCUUCCCCUCGCUGGGCACUGUGGUUCUAUAAGAUGGGCCUGCACAUCUCAUGGUGAGGACCAUGUCUAGUAGGGGAUCUGGAGUUGUCAGGUGUCCUAGGUUUUAGAGGUAGCUUGACUUUCGAAUGUAAAACUGACUGUGCCUUAGCAUCACCCUGUCCAGUGCCCCUGGGGCAGCUGGUGGUGUCCAGGAGAAUGGAUGCCUGCUCCACAUUUAGAUGCUUUUGUUUGGUUUAGGGUGUUUCCUGUCUUCUGCUCUACAAGUUGGGGUGGGGGGGGCAAAGCUAGUGUCCCAGGAGACUUUUGCCACAGGUUGUUCGCAGUUUACACAAAGUCAGCUUUAAAGCUCCCAGGUAGAAUCUGAUUGGCAAACUCCAGCUGCAGCAUGCGGAGUUUCUAGAUGGUCACUCCCUUGAAUGGGUGUCAGUGCCACUGAGCACGGGGGAGAGGAGUAGAGGGGCAGAGCUGCACUCCCUCUGCCCGGGAGAGUGGUGGUCUAAGCCAGGGGGUGGUGAACUUGGGCGUUCCUCUCCUCGCCCCCGCAGAAGGGGGCAAGUAGGGCCCCUCAAGCAAGCUUCUAUUUCUUACUGCUAAAUUGGUUUCCUUUUUCAUCCAAAAGUUGGAACUCCCCAGAUAGUCACACUGUACAAUCCAAAUCCUAAUUCUGAGAUUCUAAAAUAUCUUAAAUCACAAGAGAAAAUCUAGUUCUGUCCCCUCCCUGACGAGCAGGCCCUCCGUCCCUUCCUCUCCUUGGAGUCAUACAGCUCCAGCAAGCAAGGCUCACUGGCUAGUUCCUAAUGCACUGACGGGAGCCAUCCCAUUAAGGACGAUUUCUACUCAAAUCUGACCCUCUGGAUUACAGAUGCCUCGUUUUAGCAGGAAAAGGCUUUGAUUGGAUUGGAUAUAUUUAUGUGACUGCGGGCAUUCGUGGCUGUAGAGUCCUUGACCAUAAUGUUAUAUGUAAUGGGAACUAUCUUGUAAACUUGAAAAAAAAAAUAAAGUUUUUAUUUUCUAUA